GCUGGAUGGCCCCGCUCGACUGGCUGCCGUGUGCAUCGCGAGAACCGACCAGGCUCGAUGGCAAAGAAGGGCAAGCCGCUGGACUGGGAGGCCGUCCUGGCCUACGACGUGGGCCAAUUCAAGCCGAACGACCCUGAAUCCGAGGCCCGUCUCGAGGAGCUGCUCUCGGAAACCACGAACGUCUACAUUUCCGACAAAGACCCCAAGACUACGGUCUCGAAUCUCAUCAAGCUCGUCCAAAUCUGCCAGCUACAGCUUGAGCUGAAGAACGAUGACCUCGACGACGCCGAGGAGCAUAUAAAGGAUCUCGAGAACGAAGUGUCGGCCCUCAAGCAGAGCGCCGGUGGCGACAGCAGCGCACUUGGCGCACCAGAUUCCAGAGCGCUUCGAGAUGACAUUGCGGAUUUGACCAAGCGGAACGAUGCGCUGAUUCGGGACCUGAGUCGCGCCGAAGAGAGCUUGGAUUCGGAGCGCAAGGCCGUGCAGCAGCUGACGAUGUCGCUCCGCGAAGAAAAGACCCGAUCGAUGAAGUCGGAGGACACCAUCGAGCGCUUGACCAAAGAACUGCACGACUGUCGCGACCAGCUCGGCACGCAGCGGAGCCGGCUGCAGUCCAAGACCAUCGACGAAGACCAUUUCAGGACCCAGAUCAAGGACAAAAACUCGGAAAUCACAAAGUACAUCCACGAGAUCCAGGCCCUGGGAGCGCACAACGUCAAGCUCUCGAAUGAGGUUGAGAUGAUGGCCCAGGAGCUCGAAGCGACUGUGAUCGAGCUGGAAAGGAAUGCCAAAGAGCAGGAAGAGGCCCAGAACCUCAUCAUGGAAAACGACAAACUCAUUGAUAGCCUGCAGUCCGAGCGCGAGGCAAUGAAGAUCAAGCUGGAGGAGCUUUCAGAUCAACUCCAUCGCCGAGCUGUCAAGGACGAUAGGCUCAUCAACCAGUUCCAGGGAGAGCUGAGCCGAUUUCGAAGCAGCUGGGAGGAGUCGCAGCAGGGUUUAGUUGAAAAAGAAUCCCUGAUUGAUCAACUCAAGCUGGAGAUCCGUCAGCUGAGGGAGGAACUGGCUGACAACGAUGCCCAUCAGCUCCGCAAACAGCUCAACGAGAAAGACGAAGAGAUCCAAGCGCUCCAUCAAAAACUCGAGCAGUCGUACAAGGACUUUGAGCUGCUGAGUUUGGACUGGGACGAAAUCGACCGGGUUCUGCAACAGCAAACUGUGCCGCAGAAAGACAGGCCAAGAACGCCAUCGCUGCAGUCCCAUCACGCGACCGAUCUUCAGUCCAAGAUGGAGGGUCUCAAGCAGAUUCGGACCCGAGAUCUAGCGACCAUAAGCAAGUUGCAGGAGCAAGUCGAGGAGCAGGAGCGGGAGCUCGUCGAUAUGCGCGCUCGCAUGGACAUUUACGAACAAGGCCACUACGGAAUGAGAGAGGCGAUGCGCGAGGUCAAGACCCUCAAGCUUCAGAAGAACAUCCGUGACAAGGAGAUUGCCGAUCUCACCAGCAAGGUCAACGACCUGACCGCCCAAGCCGAGGACUUUUACGAAGAAAACCAACAGCUACGCGCACGACUUGGUACCAAGGAGAAGACCAAGAUCGAUGUUUCCAACCUGAAGCUGGAGAAAGACAUUGAGCUGGAGCAAACCCGAGCCCUCAAUUCAACGCUUCAAAACGAAAUAUCUCGACUCGAGGAAGAGCGACUGGCGCUCAAGUCACAGCUUCGUUUACAGGCACUCGAGCGCGGAGAACGAGCCGUCGCCCUCGGUCUGCGGGCAGAGGAUCUUGAGGCAGUUGAAGAAUAUGCAAUGAACUUACGCCACGGCACAGGAGCAGCGCCUGCUGAAGGCAAAGCUCCAAUCCGCCCGGUGAUCAACAACGAGCAGCUCGAAAAGCUGGCUAUUGAGCUUGAGCGAGUCCAUGUCGAGGCAUAUGAAGCGCGACAGCAGAUCACAUCGAUGGAGGACGAAGUCGCACGGCUCAGUCGCGAGAAUCGCUCGCUUGAGGAUGCCGUCAAAGAGAUCUCCGAAACUCUGGUCAAAACCAGAAACGGGACCCGCAUCAACGGCCACACUGGCGCGGAUGUCGGCAGUAACAUAGAGUUUCCGCUUGUGCAGAACUUGAUCUAUCUCUUGGAAAAGAAGAUUCGCCGGGAACUCGGACACGGGCUUGAGACACUUGACGAAGCCAGCGACAGCAUCGUCGAUAUGAACCGUACCCUUCGUGAGGAGCUCUAUUCCACCCGUGCGAACCUGAGCGAUGUCCGAACCAAGCUCCAACAACGCGAGUCCGAUCUGGAGCAAGCCACCCUGGACCUGAGCUAUUGGAAGGAGAGAGCACAGUGUCCUCGACAGAGGGUCCUCGAUCUCCCUGCCGAACUCGGUCUGGGCACGAUCCACGACUACUCUGCCGUCGUGGAGCAGUUGAUCGAAUGCUUGCUCGAUUUGAAGACCAAGGACCGGGAGCUCGACGAGGCCCGACAAGACAUUGCCAAAUUUGAGAAAUCCUACAGCGUGCUCGUUGGAAAACAGCGACUUUUGUACCGGGACUUUCACGAACAGCGAGAGCAGUGGCGCUCCGAGGCCAAAUCCCUCAAGGAGAAGCUACAAGGAUCUGAGACGGAGCAAGAGUGCUUGAGUCUCAAGUUGCGCGAGAUGGAUCGCCUUGUCGACAGCCUAUCCAAGGAUCCAGAGAGUGUGCGAGCCGAUCUCAUCGAGGCACAGCGGAAAGUGUCGGUGCUCAGCGUCAAUGAACACAAUCUAAAGCGUCGCUACUCGGCGAUGCUUGAAGUCGAGUCGAUUCUGAGGAAAGAGAGUUCAAGUCUAAAGAAUGAGAUAUUCAGGCUGGAGAAAGUAUCACGAGAGACAAUCAUGAGAUUGUAUCAAUCCAAGAAGGAGCUGCAAGCUCAAGCCCAGCACCUCGAAAAGGAGCUCGCAGACUCGGUCCGGCUGUCGGAUUUCUUGCAGCUUCAGAACACGAUGGAGCUUUACAAAACCAAGACCAAGCUGCUGCUGGACAAGGAGCGCGACUGGAUCACCGAUCGAGAUCGAAGGGAAUCCGACUCCCGAAAGGUUUCGCACCAGCGCGAGCAAAUCGAGCAGCUGAAACAAAAGCUGGCCGAGACCGCCGCCAAAGCAAACAGUCUCGACAUCACCGUCCAUCAAAUCAAGGAGCGGUCGAGUGCCGGGAAGAAGGAGCUCGCUGAGCUCAUGCACAAAAUCGCCUCGUUGGAGGUAGAGCGCGAUCUACUCAAGAGUCGCGCAGAACUGGCCGAGGGCAAAUGCAAAGCCAUUGAGGGUGCGAGAGACGAGAUGUCGAAGCGGCUGUCGACAGUCGAAGCACUGUACAUGGAUUGCACCGAAGACUGUCUUCGGGCCAAGGAGGCAGAGAUCAACACACGAAAUGCAUUCGAGGGUGGCGCAACAAAAGAAGAACACGAAGAAAGUCAGAGGACAAUCCGAGAGCUCCGAGAAAAGUCGGAGCACCUAUCGCGCGAACUUGAUCAAGCCAAGGAGGCCACUGAAAUGGCCAUCAGGCAGACCACAGACUAUGCGCAUCUGCACAAAAUGGAUCAGAAAGAAAAGGAUAUCUACCGGGCCACGAUUCGAGAGCUGCAGAUGUGUGACGACGACAAGCUCGUCAUUGGGAAACUGCAUCACCACAUUCUGGCACUUCAGAUGAGCGAGGCUCUCGCAAAGCAACGGCUUGAGGCCGAGAAGGACAAGGUCAUCAAGCUGGAAUCGCAGGUGUUGGCCCUGGAGAAGGCUCUGGACGAGCAAGAGAAGAUGAUUUACCAGAUCAGAAAGGACGAGCGCAGCAAGUGCCGGUAUCUGAACAAGUGCAUCACCGAUUUCCGCAUCAAGCUGGCUGGUGUCGUGCUGCUGGAACGACACGAGCGGGCCUGUGAGUCCCUCAGAAGCGUCGAUCAUCACAAGCGAGAAUUGGAGCAGGAAUGCAAAUCCUACAGAGAAGUCAAGAAGGACAUGGAAGACAAAAUAAUUGAGCUAGAGAUGACACUCUCGGCCAAAGGCGAGCUUUUCGAGACCUUGAAGCACGCCACAAGGAUGAACGAGAGAAUCCAGGCCUGGCACAGCAAAAUGACCCGGCUUCAAAUCUCAGAGCUGCAAAAGCAGCGAGAAAUAGACCGGUUGAUUGUCGAGCGGGCAGCGGCGAGUCAGGAAAAUGCCGAGCUGGGCAGUCGUGUCGCUGCCCUUGAGGAGGAGCUCGUGGGUCUGCAGGUCGGUUGGAUGAGCGACUGGCCUCGCUGUCGAUCAAGAGUGUGGGUCGUUAUUUCGUGGGUCGAGAGUAUCUCGAUGCCGGUCACGCUCGGCUGUGAGAUGGGCACAUUGAGUUGGUCGCUGACUGACUGUGGCGCCUCUCUGUAUUCAGAGCAAGCUUGACUUGCGCGA